GGGCUGUUCAGCCUUGUUGCUGCCUUACGUCUACUCUAACUACUUUCCUCCUUUCACUUUUCAGUGACUCUACCCUGCCAAUCAAAAUUGAGUCAUACCAGAUGGGAAGAUACAUAAACGAACUUGAAGCCACACUAUAUUCGCAUACCUCAGAACAUUACAAUCAGUGGAGAGUCUGAAGAAUCUUCAUUCUACUAGACUCCACCUUCUCACCUGCGUGCUUCAUCAUGGCGGUCCAUCUCCCCAAUACCCUACAGACGCACUACGGCAUGAUAAUAUCGGCCGGCCGUCCCCAAGAGCGCCAAUUCUUACCUCACAUUGCAGAUCUACAAUCAGCGGGAGGCGGUUCGAAUGAAUCCCCUGUCUCCCUGAUCUCGCAGGACAAACUCACAAACGACAUCCGUGAAAUCAGGAGCUUCGCCAAUUGCAAGCAAUACGAGCCCUCGGAGACAUUACUCAGUGUAGUUGAGAACUACAUACGAAACCCCGAGAAGCCUCAGACAGCGGGGGAGUGGAGUGAUGGGAAGAAGAGGCGGAUCGCAGCGAAUCUGACUGCGUGUACCAGCGACGUGAGCAAGGAGGACUUGAAGAGAUGGAUCAUGACGAAGACUCGGUUCGAUCUGGAGCAAGCGGCGGCGGCGGUGGUGUCGGCGUUUGUGCAAGAUGGACGGGUCGAUGAUGCGGUGCGGUUGGCGAGGAAGCUGGGAAGGGUUAUCGCUACGAGUCAUAUGUGGAUUGAUCCUAGAUACCCUCUACCUGCUGCGAGCACGACUGCUAGCAUGGAGUCGGUGGCAAGGAAGCUCCGCAUGUCUGCGGCACGGCAGAAGCAAGAUAUCCCUCUUGCUGCGGAUUAUCAUGAGCUUGUUAAAUUGUUGAUGAGGGUGCGAACUACACGAAGGGCACCUGAGAAUCGGUGUCUUCAUAUCCCGAAUUGGAUGUUCAAUGAGGCCAAUAUCGAGCCUUGUGACCCUUUCAAAGCGCUGUCUCAGAACGGUGUUGUUGCUGGUGGCGACGGUCCGAUGGCCCCAGUCCAAGAAGAUUCAAUCAUAAUUUCUCGAAGGCACUUCCGCCACCUUCAGAAAUGUCUUUACGCUCUAAACAGAUUCUGGGUUCCUGGGGUGCAGCUGAGAAGGGAUAUCAAGAAGCUCGGGGAUGAUGUCUUGUACGCGCACGGUUGGAUCGAGAAGCAUGUCUUCCAGGCAAAUGACAUUGCAUUGCUCUGUCAUUACUUCUUCCAUUUCCAGCGCCGGCUGCAGAAAAAGGUUGUGAGCAAUAUGGACUGGACGGCCUUUAUGGGCAAGGGAGAGGGAAAGACGUUAUUCCAGAACAACCUCUCCAUGAAGUCAACAUUUGAGAAUGCCCUUUACAACAUUGCGGACGCCAAUGAGGAUGGUAUCAUUGUGGCAAUGGGCGCAGAUAAUACCCUCGAGCUAAUCGAUCAGACAUGUCUGAUGAUGAAGGAAUAUGUCGACACUCACGGAGCAGGCAAAACAGAGAAUCUCACUUUCAAGAAGGGCGAGCAUGGCGGGUCAGGCCGCGGGCCUGUAGAUGACUACAACCUCCUCUGUGAUAUCCUCUCGAGUCUUAGGAAUCAAGCCAAAGAAGAGGGAAUUGUAGACGUACCGGGCCCGACGCACAAGUUUUUGGCCAAGGACAUCAUGCAAUGGAACGAUGCAUGGGCGGACGAUGCUUUCGCCAAUGGCAAGAAGGCAGGUUGGGAGGAUUGGCUGAGGAAGCGUGGAUUGGCUGAUGGCGAUGACAAUUGGGGAAUCAUCGAAGUAGAGAAAGACGAGAAGAUGUUCAUGCAAUAAUGAGGGGAUUUUUUGAUUUCCAAUGUGUAUAGGUCGUUGUCUGGGGUUUUUUUGGUGUUGCUAUCUCAGCCCGAACCACGCCGAGGGAAUUCCGGCAGUUUUCGGUAUAUUUUGUUUUUUGUAACCUCAAACGAGGAGUUCAUCUUUUCGCGCAGGCAUUGAUCAAUAAUCAUAAUCAUCAUCCUGGAAGUUGCAAAAGAAAAGUCCUCGGUCUGAUAAAAAGGAAAGCUCAGCACUUGCGUCAGUUGCAAGCCUAUAGGUCGUCAUUAGAAAAGGAUCUGUAGGCCGAUGUGAUCAAACAUGGCGCGAAUGAACCAAAGGAGGCUCUGUUACAC